AUGUUAUCUAAAUCUGCAUCGUCAGUUUCAUAUAGAUAAAAAGGAAAGUUGCCUUCUGCAAACAGCAAAUUAUACAAAGGAUUUGUUCAUGAUGCUACAAGUAAAUUGUCAGUAGGGUCAUUUCCUGCAAAAUUGGAACUUAUAAUAUAUCGUGAUCAAAGUACAAAAGCAUUUGGAUCUAGUGAACCAGGAUUUAAAGAAUAAUUACUUGAUAAUCCAGGCCCUUAAGAAUAUGAUUGUGGUUGAUAUUAAUUCGGUAAAAUUCAAUCAGAAUCAAUUUCCAAUAAAGGCACUGGAGGCUUAGCUUGUUCUUAAGAAAGAAAUGUCUUUGCUCCUAAAUAUGUAAAUUCUGGUCCUAGAUCUGGAUAAUAUGCUUAAAGUCAAAGUUUUAAUACUUCAUAGUCAACCAAUAACCCUUCAUUAUUUAUGAGAUAAUAUUAAUAAAAGAGUGUUGAAAAGAUUGAAGUGAUAAAUCCAGGACAAAGAGAGUAUUAUUAUGAAAUUACUUUAAAUAUGAAAUCUCAUAACUCAAAAAAUCAAAUGUAGUUAAAUAUGUGUUUAUAUCAAAAACCUUUAAGAGGUUAAUUUCAAAAUAAACCUAAUAAUCCUCCUCCUGGUUGAU